CACCUUUUUGCCUAAGUUGGGGCCACUUUUGGCUUCUUCCAAUCAUUGAUUUUCUACACAUAAAACUAUCAGGUUCAUAAUACAGCAAUCCAUCAUAUAAAGUUUCAGCACAGACUAAAAGCUUAAAGCUCUCUGAAUCUGAAUUCUAAUGGCGUCCUCACUGCUGGAAGUAGAAAACAAUCAGCAUCCGAAAGUCCAUGAUGAGAAGGAAAGAAGGAAAGAAGAAGAAGAAAGCUUCUGUUAUGCCAUGCAGAUCGUCAUGUCUUCUGUAUUAUCCAUGUCCAUGCAAUCCGCAACUGAGCUCGGAGUUUUUGAUGUCAUAGCCAAAGCAGGUCCAGGGUCCAAGCUCUCUUCCUCGGAAAUUGCAGCCCAGAUGCCCACCAAAAACCCCGAGGCACCCAUUAUGCUGGAUCGCAUCCUGAGGCUCUUGGCCAGCCACUCUCUGCUCAGUUGCUCUGUUGUUGCUGAUGAUAAUGGGUCUUUUGAGAGGCUAUACAGUCUUGCUCCAGCGUCCAAGUUCUUUGUCACCAACAAAGAUGGUGUUUCCUUGGGCCCCUUGAUGGCACUCAUACAAGAUAAUGUCUUCUUGACCAGCUGGUCUCAACUAAAAGAUGCAGUUCUUGAAGGAGGAAUUCCUUUUAACAGGGUUCACGGAGCGCACGCCUUUGAGUAUCCAGGCUUGGAUCACAGGUUUAAUCAGGUUUUCAACACUGCUAUGUACAAUCAUACUACUAUUGUUAUCAAAAAGAUUCUGGAUCUGUACAAAGGCUUUGAGUCCCUUGAACAACUUGUUGAUGUUGGUGGUGGCCUAGGAGUGACCCUUAGAUUGAUCACUUCGAAAUACCCAAAUAUCAAGGCUAUUAAUUUUGACUUGCCUCAUGUUAUAAAGCAUGCCCCUGCUUAUCCAGGUGUGGAACAUGUAGGAGAAGAUAUGUUUUCGAGUGUCUCUAGCGGGGACGCCGUUUUUAUGAAGUGGAUGCUUCAUGAUUGGAGUGAUGAGAAGUGCUUAAAGCUGUUGAAAAAUUGCUACAAGGCUAUACCAGACAAUGGAAAAGUAAUUGUUGUGGAAGCUCUUCUUCCAGUUGUGGCAGAGACUAGCAGUGCUGUGAAGACCACCUCUCAGAUCGAUGUGCUUAUGAUGACACAAAACCCUGGAGGGAAAGAAAGAAGCCAACAAGAAUUCCUGGCCCUGGAAAAUGCUGCUGGAUUCAAUGGCAUCAGAUUUGAAUGUUCUGUCUGUAAUUUCUGGGUUAUGGAGUUUUUCAAAUAGCUGAUGAUGGGGUGCUUAUAAUUUACCAAAAGCCUACCUAAUGUUUGCUUUAUUUAUCCUUUUGAUUUAGUGGGAUCAGAUUUGAAAUGCUUUCUUUGGGAAAGAACAAAAACUUGAUAAAAGUGGACUGAAAUAAAAAUUUGCUCAUUUACAUCA